GCGCACUUAUGGCAUGUCACUAGUCGUCCGACAGGGUCAGGCCGGCCCGUGACCCUAGGUUUGUCCGGCUCGGGUCUGUUCACGAACAUAUAUAUCUUCACCGAUAAUUACUUGAUAGUUCCUCCGACCGUCCAACUUUACAGUGAGGCAGUCUCGGACUUUUUCCACUUUUCUAUCCUUCCUUUUUUUCAACUUUAGUCGCUCCUUCAAUACUACUGACGUUGCCACUGUGCAUGCUUGCGCAAGUGAUGUUGACCUCCAUUAUCGAUCCUGUUGCACGCAAUAUUGCUAUACUGACAACGACAUUGACUGCGCUCAUGGUCCUCGAGUAUCUUUGGUUUGUGACCGAAGAAAUCCGGCUAGUCUGGCCGCGAUUUUGGAAGACCACAGAAGCCAAAUUAUACGUGGUGAUCAGAUAUGCUGGUUUAGCUGGUUCAAGUUUCAACAUCUGGUUUGCAUUUAGAAUGCUCUCGGAAGUUCCCAAUGGUCCGUUCGCUUGCAGAGCAUGGUACUGGUACCAGACCACGAUGACCCAGUGUCUGCUGUUUUCUGUGGAGUUAUUACUCAUGCUGCAGGUGCACAAGAUGUAUGGAAAAGGCAAAUCUAUCCGUGCACUCUUGAUCAUAUUCGGUGGCGCACAGUUUACUGCCAUGGCAGCCAAUGCUCGAUUGGUUGUAACUGGCACUCGCUAUUCCCCCACUUGUGUCAUAAUCUCGCCUUAUCACAGUAGGAUCUAUACCGGGUGAGGAUUUUCGCACUCCUUGUAUAUCUGAUCGCCGAGUUGAGGACCAGCGUCUCAAUCAUUGUAACUUUCAUGUUCAUCCUUUCUACAAUGCUAUGGAGAUUCUUCGGAAACUCAUCCGGCUGGUCAGAAGCUUCUCGUGCUUGGCUCAAGCUUGCGGUCCGCGACGGUAGCUGCACGACCAUUGCGAUAUUGGUGAUCUUCAUCUUUAUGUUUCU